GUAGGGCGGUGUGUUUGUAUAUUGGCAAACGGUUUCCACUAGCAGUAUGUACUGUAGCUGGUUUUGAUGCGACUUUCCAAUUGCUGCCAUUCAUAGGAUGAGACGAAGGUAAAACCCAUCCUAAUACUCGUUUGCUCAGGUUAUUGUUUCCGUGACACCUGUUUUUGACAGUGGUUCGGCCCUUAUGGUUCAAAACCAGUGCUUAGGACCACUAUUCAAACCAUUUCUAUUGAAACAGUUGGAUUGAUCUUGGCGAUAGGCUUCUUUGCCAUACCUACCAUAACAAUAGCUGACAGAAAACUCAUUUCAUCCACCCCACCUAGCCGUAUAACAACUCUCAUCCAAAAUGACAUCUUUCAAAAGUAUGUAUUGUCAAUCGAAAGUGAAAUGUCUGGAUGCAGAAGUUUAAGAAGAUCGAAGAGAAGAGAACAGGAACAGAGAGUAAUUGGUGUGGAAACGUAGGAAUAGUCAUGUUUGAGACAAUCGAUUGACAUUUUUCAAAUGAAAUAUUUACUGUACGGUCCUCAGAGAUUCUGUAAUUUGGAUUUUAAACACAUUUGAUUGUGCGCACUUAUGUUCCCGCUCACUACAAUACCACAUAGUUCUGAGAAAUUUCGUCUUCUUAUUAGAUUAUCUAAAUUUAUCAAAAAGAUGGAAUUUACUCAACUGAUCAAUAUUAAUUCAUACACUUUUCAUCCUUAAAUAUUCGGGAUGUAAUCCAACGACCAAAGCACAAAAAUAUGAAAAAUGUAUCUUUUCAAUAAGUGACUACAAAAUUAAAAUUAAUACAAUUUUCUAAUUGGACAAGUGAUUGGUCAAAUGAACUAAGUUGGGAAUAUUUAAAAAUGUCAAAUUAUGAAUUACCAUUAUAUAUUAAAGAAGGAUAUUGGAUACCGAAUUCAUUUGAAACAAUUUGUACACCAGAAGCAACUCAUAAAAGUUUUAUUGAUAUAAUCUAUGAAUUUACACAAGAAGAUUAUGAGAAAAGUGAUUCUAUUUCAAUAAGAAAUUUAUUUACUCGUACUGGGAAAUAUUAUGAUAGAGGAUAUUUAAUUAUCCUUUCAUUUCUAAUCAAUAUAUGUCAAUGUUUACGUAAACGUCAUACGAAUUUACAUUGUCCAAAUCCUUGUGCUAAACCAAAUGUCUGUCAUGAUGAUAUGAAUAGUAACGGUUUGUGUAUGAUAAUAUCAAAUGAUGAACUUUUGAAUAGUAUACCAAUGAAUAUACGAAACAGACUGGGAUCAGUCUAUGCUUAUGAUUAUGAAUGUGUAUGUAUAGAUGAUUACACUUUCAAUCAUACAUUAAAGAAGUGUGUACCAAUCAGAAAACAUUGUGAUCCUUCAAUUUGUCUAAAUAAUGGAGAAUGUGAAUAUCUACCAGAAGAAGAACGAAUUAUUCCUAAUAUUGAAUUUAUUUGUAAAUGUCCACCUGCAUGGAAAGGAUUAUCAUGUGAAGAACCAAGAAAUCCUUGUUUAGAAACACAUAGACUAUGUGGACAACAUUCUUGUUUUCGUGAUCCAACUAAUUUAAAACUUGGUUAUCGAUGUCAAUGUCCAAUUGGAUUUAAAGCAAUCAGUACAACUAAUCCACAAUGUAUUAAUAUAAAUGAAUGUUUAGAAUAUACAAAUGAUGAUAUUUGUUUAAAUGGUGGAAUUUGUAUUGAUAAAGAACCAUAUUCAAUUAUUGAACAUGGUGGAACAGAAGUAACCUAUGGAUUUCAGUGUAUAUGUCAAAAUGGUUAUUCUGGACAACGUUGUGAACGUAGGCCACCGCCAUUGGAAUGGACUAUAUGGUCUGCAUGGACAGAUUGUUCAGUCAAAUGUGGUAUUGGUGUGCAUAAACGUUUUCGUAAUUGUUCGUUACCUAAUCGUUGUAUUGGAUCAUAUGUACAAAUUAGUAAAUGUCAGGGUCACAUAUUAUUUUGUGAAAAUGAAGAGAUUAAUGAAUUAAUUCAAUCAGGAUCAAAAAUCAUAAAAAGUUGGGAUACAGAAUGGUAUCUUCAUGAAAAUUAUUCAUUAAACGAUACACAUUAUUGGAGUAAUUUACAUAUUAAUCAGACAAAGUUUUAUUCAACACAUCUCCAUGUUCCCAAUAUGAUUGGUAUUGUGUUAGAAUGGAUUACAACUAUACAAUUAACUUAUCAAUGGACAAUAACAGAAUUAAUAAUAUUUUAUACAAUUAUAAUGAUGAUAUUAAUCUCACCAAUAUAUCUAAUAAUUUUUUGUUUUAUUAAAUUAAUCCAAUAUGUAUUACAUAGAAAUAGAAUUAGGUGUUGAUGGAGUUUUGUUCGCUGAACUGGAUGAUUUGAUCGUGGAUAGAAGUCUAUUUGAAGUUUGUACUGAUGAUGUCGUUCCGAUGAACGAUGAAAGCUCCACGAUCAAACCAUCCAGCUCAGAGAACAAUACUCCAUCAAAAUCAUUCACCUGAGCUACAAAUCUUUUCCACCAUCUCAGAAUUAGGUGUAAUUGUAAAACUAUGUAAUCGAUUGUAAUUCUAUUAUAAAUGAAUUCUUAUUCAAUCACUUCCUAAUUUCAUGUAAAUUUUUGUUAUUGUCUAGAUAUUUGUUUGUAGAAAAUUGAAUAAAUCUAUGACAUUGCA